CAUGGACCGUGCCUCUAAACAACAUGGAGUUUUGGUGCAGACUUAAAACAGUCAUAAAAUAUUGCUAAGUCUCCGAUAUGACACCAGAUCAGUACGGUUUUAUUUGGCUUCUUUGCUGCGGUUAAGUCUCCGCUCCGUUCCGCUGCCAUGGCCGCCAUUUUGGCUCCUGUAUAAACAGCAGGAGAAACAGCGGAGGUGUCGCAAUGUCGACUCAGUGUGGCGUAUGACAUAGGAACGAAAGCGGGGAGAAGGAAGGAUACAAAAUAUCGUCGUAAAACAAAAGAGAGAUUUUCCAAAGAAGACCGAAUGUGCGCCUUGACCAGAGUACGGACUGCUGUUAUAUGUGCUGUCAGUAGGGGCGGCGACUGGCUGCAGCGCCGCUACUACUACUACUAGCCCACUCGUUAGCCCGCUAGCAGCAGCAGCCGCCGCCGACGCGGCUCCUCCGUUGUUCUGCGGGGGAACGGUGCCAUGACAACGGCAUGGGUGAAUGUAAGGGGGCUAGGUCAGCGGAUUGACGGAUAGAUAAUGUUGUAGUUGCCAGUAAUAUAAGGCACAGACUGGUGUUCUCUUCAAGAUGGACCAGGACUAUGAGCGACGCCUCCUCAGACAAAUAAAUCAUCAGAACCUGCCGGAAUCCCCACUGGCCAAGUCAGCUUGUGCGACUUCCAGUCCAGUCAGUGUCAAGUCAGGGGACCGAUUCAUUCCCACCCGCGCUGGUAGCAACUGGAGCAUCAAUUUCCACUACGCUAACGAAAACUGCAGGUCUCCAAACCAGAACCACAGGGCAAAAGAGACCAGCACGGAUACAGGGAAAGAUGCUGUGGCUUAUGCUGCUCUGCUGAGGAACGAGCUGUUGGGGGCAGCCAUCGAAAUGGUGCCUGACCCCCACACAGAUGACCGCAGGCAUGCCACCCUCACCCAAGACACCCAUGGUCUUUUCAAGUACACUGUCCACACAAAGAGAGUGCCUUUUGACAGUGGUAAUGAGGUGUCCCCCUACUCCCUGUCGCCACUGAGCAACAAGAGUCAUAAGCUCCUGCGGUCUCCUCGCAAGCCAGCCCGCAAAAUCUCUAAGAUCCCCUUCAAGGUGCUGGAUGCCCCAGAACUACAGGAUGACUUCUACCUCAACUUGGUGGACUGGUCGGCCGGCAACCUGUUGAGCGUGGGCCUAGGGGCCUGCGUGUACCUGUGGAGCGCCUGUACCAGCCAGGUGACAAGGCUGUGCGACUUAUCAGUGGAUGGAGACUCUGUGACAUCAGUGUGCUGGAAUGAAAGGGGGAGUCUGGUUGCUGUGGGAACUCAUAAAGGCUAUGUCCAAAUCUGGGAUGCAGCCGGAGGGAGGAAGCUGACCAGCCUGGAGGGACAUUCUGCACGUGUGGGGGCCUUGGCCUGGAACGGGGACCAGCUGUCAUCGGGCAGCCGGGAUCGUGUCAUCCUACAGAGGGACGUGCGGACACCUCCCUCUGCCGAGAGGAGGCUGCAGGGUCACCGACAGGAGGUGUGUGGACUCAAGUGGUCCCCUGACCACCAGCACCUCGCCUCAGGGGGCAAUGAUAACAAGCUGUUGGUCUGGAACAGUUCCAGCCUGCUUCCGGUGCAGCAGUACAGUGACCACCUGGCUGCAGUUAAGGCCAUCGCCUGGUCCCCUCACCAGCACGGCCUCCUGGCCUCUGGUGGGGGCACAGCUGACCGCUGCCUCAGGUUCUGGAACACCCUGACUGGUCAGGCACUGCAGAGCACAGACACGGGGUCCCAAGUCUGCAACCUAGCCUGGUCCAAACACGCCAAUGAGCUGGUCAGUACACAUGGCUACUCACAGAACCAGAUCCUGGUCUGGAAGUACCCGUCUUUGACACAGGUGGCCAAACUGACAGGUCACUCCUACAGGGUUCUCUACUUGGCUGUUUCCCCAGAUGGCGAGGCUAUUGUGACAGGAGCAGGAGAUGAAACUCUUAGGUUCUGGAAUGUCUUCAGUAAAACACGGUGUACAAAGGAAUCCAAAUCAGUGCUGAACCUCUUCACAAGAAUACGAUAGUGGUGGGGAGACUGGGGAUCCCUGAAGACUCAAAGCCAGCUGAAAGGAAAACACAUGGACACACUAAACCAUUAAAGUACUGAUUACCUGGAAUCAAGGCGCUCCUGACUGACGGAAAAGGGUCCCCCAGCAAACUUUUACUCGCGUACCUUUUAUAUUUAGAUAAAU